AUGGUGCCCUGGGAUGCGGAGCACGAGACCUGGGACACAGAAGCUGAGGAGCGCAUGGCAGCACUGAUGGCGCGCUUCAAAGCGGCUGACCUGGAUGGCAACGGCGUGAUCGACCGGCAGGAGCUCCAGGUGCUGCUGGAGCGUGUGGGAGAUGGGGAGGACGAGGUGCCCAUGCACUGGCUGACCGAUGAAGACAUCGGGGAGGUGAUGGCGCAGUACGACACCAACAGGGACGGCGUGAUCAGCUUUGAGGAGUUUGUGCGCAUGGCCCAGGACAACAUCUUCCUGACCGGGAAGCUGCAGGAGUACAGCAAGGCGUUCAAAGCGGUGGAUGCCGGCGGCGACGGCUCCAUCGGCGCCACAGAGCUGUUCCGGCUCUUUGAGAAGCUGGGCAACCCGGUCAGCUACGACAAGCUGGUGAAGAUUAUGGAGCAGUACGACAAGGACCAGUCGGGCUCCAUCGACUUUGCCGAGUUCCUGCGCAUGUUCCGGGAUGAGCUGCUGGACCUGCAGCAAAUCAUGGAGUUCAUCAAGCAGCGGACCGCGGAGCGGGAAAGCAGGGCGGCGGCCAGGGCCGCUGCCGCCGCGGCAGAGGCGCCGCCCGUGGCGGCGGAGCCCGCGGGGCCUCCCAAGGCCGCGCCCAAGCUGCUGCCGGGCGGCGUGAACCUGUUUUUCAGUGAGGAGGAACUCGAUGCGGUGCUGGCUGCCAACAAGGACAAGGUGGUGGUGCUGAUGGCCAGCGUGACGUGGUGCCGCCCCUGCAAGGCGUUCCAAGAGAACUACGAGAAGGCGGCCCAGCACUACAGCGACGCCGUCUUCCUCAAGUUUUACGGCAACUCUAAUGAGAGCACCAAGGCGCUGUUCAAGGACCGCCUCAAGUGCCGCACCACGCCCUCCUUCUUCUUCUUCCGAGGAGGUCAGAUUGUGGAGAGCUGCACCGGCGCGGUGACCAAGCGGCUGGAGACCAACCUGAGGAAGGCGAGGAGAAGCUGCCCCAUCCGGCAUAGAGCUGCUGUGAACAACUGCGCUUACGGGCCCGAUGGCGACAAGGAGGCGCUGCUGUGGCUGAAGGAGGAGGACUUGGCGACGGUGGCGUAG